AUGGCUAGCCUACUUCCUUUCCAAUUGAAUGACCCUACAUUAUUUCAUCAACAGUCUCUCAUUCAUGGACACUGGACGACUGCGGCCACUGGUCAGUCUUUUGAUGUGGUUGAUCCCGGCACAGGCGAGGUCUGGGCGCAGUGCCCAGACAACGGGCCCGAGGACGUGGAUGUUGGCUCCAUUAGCGCUUCCACAGCCCCCGACAGGAGGGUUCUUGUGAUCAAGCAGCCUCUAGGUGUAGCCGUGGCUCUUGUCCCUUGGAAUUUCCCUAUUGCCAUGAUUCUCCGCAAGCUGGGAGCAGCAUUGGCCGCCGGAUGCACAAUGGUCGCAAAACCAUCGCCCGAGUCUCCUUUGACCUGCCUCGUGCUGGCUGAUCUAGCCCUUCGAGCCGGGUUUCCACCUGGCGUCUUUAACGUCUUGACGACCUCGCUGGAAAAAACUCCGGCCCUUUCAGAAAGGAUGUGUGUACAUCCACUGGUGAAGAAGGUCACAUUUACCGGCAGUACAAGAGUCGGCAAGAUUGUAGCUGGUCUCUGUGCUAAAGGUCUCAAAAAAUGUACUCUUGAGCUUGGGGGCAACUGCCCCUUUGUAAUCUUCGAUGAUGCUGAUUUGGAUCAUGCUGUGGCUCAGCUCAUGUUGUUAAAAUGGAGACACGCAGGCCAAGCCUGCAUCUCGGCCAACCGGGUUUAUGUCCAAGCGGGCGUGUAUGAUGAGGUCGUCUCCUUGUUCAAGAAGCAAACAAGCCAGUUCGUCAUCGGCCGUGGGGCGACUGUAGGCACAACCCUUGGCGCUGUUACCGUCCCCAGUGGACUGGAUAAAGCAGAGGACCAAGUAGAGGACGCGGUCUCACAGGGGGCCAGUGUCGUUUUAGGGACGGGCAAGCGCCAUACGAUCAAUGGCAAGGGCUAUUUCUUCGCACCAACCAUCUUGACCGGCAUGACGGCGUCUAUGAAACUGAGCAGAGAGGAAACGUUUGGGCCUGUUUGUGGUUUGUUCAAAUUUGAGACUGAGGAAGAAGCCAUCAAGCUUGCGAAUGAUACCAGCCUGGGGCUCGCUACUUAUGUGUUUUCUAAAGAUUCCGAUAGAUUGUGGCGUCUGUUUGAAAAGAUGGAGGCUGGUAUGAUUGGUCUGAAUACUGGGAACGGCAGUGCAGCCGAAAGUCCAUUCGGUGGUAUCAAGGAGUCAGGUUACGGCAAGGAAAGCGGGAAGGAUGUUGCCGUCAAUGAAUAUCUGAUCUCUAAGACUGGUACCUUGACAGUAGCCUCUUUAAGGUCCCGGAUUUGA